CAACUCAUAUGUGUUUCAUCUCUUCGUUUUUAUUCAUACAAAAAGAUUUUAUAUUUAACUUUAUUUUUAAUAAUUAAGAAUAUAAUUAGUUAUUUUAGUUGAAAAUAUAAUUAUGGGUUUUAGUGAUACUAUUAGUGAAAACGAGUCAAAGAUUAUGUUAAUCUGCGAGUUAUGUAAUUAUAAGUCAAACCGAAAAAGUAAUUUUGAUCGACACAUGAAAUCGAUGCACGAAGAGUGCCAACGACCAUUUGUUUGUUGCGGACAAGUCUUUAUAAACAAGGCGUCACUUAAGAGCCAUUCAAAGGCUGUCCAUCGGGACGGCUAUCGAUGCAAUGAAGAGUCGUGUAAUAAAGUGUUUCCCCGAAAAGCAUUACUUAGAAGACACCAAACGGUUCACAACGGUAUCAAAGAAUUCUCGUGUGGGAACUGUAUGUAUGAGACGAGUCAUAAAAGCAAUUUAGAGCGCCAUUGCUUUCGUGUCCAUAAUAUGAUUAUUGGCAGUAAUGGUAAUACAAAAACAGAUAAAAACAUUGAUAUCAUUGGAUCACCUAAUGAUAGUCAAUACAACAGUCGUAUCUCAUGCUUGAACCAAGAAAAUAGUGAAAUAAGUUCAUCUCAAGAGUCGAUGCCUUCAUCUGAUCUCUACUGCAAUGAUAUUAGUUUUCAAUGCAGUCAAAGCAGCAAUUGUUCAGUUGAAUCAAGUAGUGAUCGUCAAACACAUCAAUGUCAGAGCCAUACUCUCGAUAAAUCUGUUUUUAGUAAAGAUUACAUCAAACUAACCGACGAUGAGCUCCAGUGUCACAAUAAAAAACUGCGGCUCUGUCUUCAUCCAUACAAAUGUCUCAUAUGUUGGCUUCUCUUUGAUUCACAACUCGACUAUUUUGAACAUCAAUUGCUUACCGAUCAUAUGCUUGAAGACAAGGAUCAACUGGAAGUGAUUCGUGCGGCCGCUGUUUUGACACAAUUUAGGAGAGCUAAGAGUCGACCCGUUUCUGGGAUCUAAGUGAUGGUCGCUUUUUAUCAUUAUAUACUUGGUUUACAAUUAAUUUAUUUAAAUCUUUUAAUUCAAACUAAUAC